AUGCAGUGGCUCUACGACUUGUACACCUGGCUAACGGACACGUCGGCGCGCGAAGCGCACGAGGCGGACCUCUUCGCCCAGGCAAAGGACAUGAUCCUAACCUUUGCGGCGUGCCAGGCUGAAGAUCUCCAGUCGAUGGCCGAUGCGCGCGUACGUGCCAUCGUGACCCGCACGCUCGCGCUCGCGGACUAUCCCGUGCCCGUGGACCGCGCCGAGCGCACGAAAGUCAUGGGGUGGCUCGGCGAGUUCUUCACGCUGCUCGAGGUACCCGGCCACAACAGGCGCACGCUCGGCGCCAUCGUGCGGAGCUACUACGAUCUCCCUGCGGACGGCCCGAACCGCGCGCCGCCCGCGACGCAGUUCGACGUCGACACGCUCGCGCCGCGCGCCGAGGCGCUCGUCGACGCCGUGUUGUACCUCGAGAGCACGGGCGUGCUGGCCCACGCCGCGCUCUUCCCGCCCCAUUCGCCGGUCGAUCCGGCAAGCCACGAGCAGGUCAAGGCGGACGUGGUCGCCGAGCUGCGGCUCCGCCGGGUACAGUGGGAGGGCGAGAUGGCCGCCCGCGCGGCCAAGCGCGGCGCGCCAUUGUCCGACGAGGAGAGGCGGGCCGAGCUACGCGAGUUUCUGCGGAAUGCGGCGGCGGAGCGUGCGCGCGGGGAGGGGUCGUUGGCGCGGUAUCGCGCCGAGAGGGCAGCGUUGGCGUAG